CUCCGCAAUUGUAUUCGAAAGGAUCCAUUUUCUAAGAAAUACGCGUCUAAAAUGUCCUAUUAUCAUAGCAACAAAAAUUUAUAUUCGAAAACGUUACCAAUACCGAACGGUUUCGUUAGUCAUUUUGAUGAAAAAAAGAAAAAUAAAAUAGUAUUUUUAGAUGUAACUCCAAUAAGGACGCCCAAUUAUAAAUCUUCAAAGAACGCGAUUUUACCUUUAAGAAAUAAUUUGAUCGAAACAAAAAUAUAUAAGGACAUAAUUUAUGAGAAUAUCGGUCCCGUUUUUAAUUUACUCAGACUCAUGGGUGUUUUGCCAUUAACAAGAAAGUCUCCUGGAUUAAACCAGUUCACAGUAAAAUCAAUAUCCAUGGUUUAUUCUGCUGUAUUAUAUCUUUUACUCAUCAGCUACAUUUUGUAUCUGUCUUUGCAUAAAGUUCAAAUUUUACGAACUGCAGAAGGAAAGUUUGAGGAAGCUGUCAUCGAGUAUCUAUUCACGGUGUAUUUAUUUCCGAUGAUUGUUGUCCCCAUAAUGUGGUAUGAAACGAGAAAAAUUGCUGGAGUUCUCAAUGGAUGGGUCGAUUUCGAGGUAACCUAUAAAAAAUUAUCCGGUCAUGUGCUGCCUGUACAUUUGUAUAGAAAAUCUCUUGCUAUUGCGAUUAUAAUACCUAUUCUAUCGACCACCUCGGUUAUAAUAACCCAUGUUACGAUGGUUGACUUCAAGCUGGUGCAAAUCAUACCAUAUGUAUUUUUGGAGAUAUUGACGUAUAUCCUGGGAGGUUACUGGUACCUACUCUGUGAGACAUUGAGUAUUUGCGCUAAAAUAUUAGCUGACGAUUUUCAACUGGCUCUCCGGCACAUUGGUCCGGCGGGAAAAGUCGCCGAAUACCGUGCCCUAUGGCUGCGUCUGAGCAAACUAGCACGUGACACUGGCAUAGCCAACUGCUACACUUUCACCUUUGUCAACCUCUAUUUGUUCUUGAUCAUUACUUUAUCAAUCUAUGGUCUUCUGAGCCAGAUUUCCGAUGGUUUCGGCAUCAAAGACAUUGGAUUAGCUGUAACGGCAACUUGCAGUAUAUUUCUACUCUUCUUUAUAUGUGAUGAAGCACAUUAUGCUUCACAGAAUGUACGUACAAAUUUCCAAAAGAAAUUGCUAAUGGUCGAACUCUCCUGGAUGAAUACAGACGCGCAAACCGAAGUUAAUAUGUUUCUACGAGCCACUGAAAUGAAUCCCUCAGAAAUAAGUCUCGGCGGAUUUUUCGAUGUAAAUAGGAACCUAUUCAAAUCGCUUUUAGCGACAAUGGUUACAUAUUUAGUCGUACUUCUACAAUUUCAAAUAAGUAUUCCUGAUGAUAACCAAGGUGAAAUGGAUUACGGGGGAAGAUCUUUUAUCAACGAUACCAUACCAUUUGAGUCGUCCAGUGUUCCUACUACAAUUACAACAAUUUUAACAACGCUGGCGAAGAAAAAAAAGAAACAAUAA